CCGGCACGGUCUGGUCGCGCGCUCUCUAGCAGACCGAAUUUGUAAUCGAAAAAUAAUAAAAAAAAAAACUGUUGAUAUUCGUGGACGUAGAAUAAUUUUAUUUUUUUUGUGAUAAUAAUUAUAUCAUUGAAAUAGAUUUAUAUUUGUAUUAUGCACAAGUGAUUGUCAUUCAUGAAUUUUAAAUUAUUAAAAUAUUAUAUUAAUAACAAAUUGGUGUGCCUUCUUAGUAAUGUGAGAGUGAGUCAAGUGCAGUGAUAAGAACGCGAAUUAUUACUUUAUACCUUGUAGUGUAAACUGGGUCAGUCAGGUCGAAUAGUGAGCUUGCGAAAUCAUUGACUCUGCAUACAAACUCCGCAAUAAACUCUUAUUUUGUACAUAAUGUGCUUUAUGUAGACAUUGAUCAAGAAACGAAUCGAAAUGAAAAUGAACGCACGAUCGAAUACGCUCCGAAUUUGCGUGUGGGUCUGCCUGUUGGCAGUAUGUUACAGUCAAAGAGCAGAACAGCUCUUGGCUCAGAACCCAUGCUCCAGUAAGACAACGUGCAGCGAUUGCGCACGAACGCCGACGUGCGCUUGGUGCUUCGCCCCUGAGUUCAACGGUCCGAGAUGCUUCAACCCCGCAAUGGAAGGCGGGACCGCUGGUUGCGACGAAGCUUACAUAUUCAACCCUGACAAUCAGCAGUCUAUCGAUACUAUGUAUAACAGAGAAUUAACUCGAGCGCGAGGACGAAUGGGAAUGGGUAUGGAAUCCACAUACUACGAAGAGUCAAUGAGUAGCAGCAGCAGCAGUAGCAGUAGUAGCAGCAGUAGCAAUGUCAAGGGUGGCGGCGGGUACAUGGCAGCGGCUGGUGGUGAAAACCUCGUACAAAUAAAACCCCAACGAGUUAAACUCCAGCUGAGGAUGAAUCAAGCGCAAAAAAUGACAUUCUCAUACGCCCAAGCGCAGGACUAUCCCGUGGAUCUGUAUUACCUUAUGGACUUGAGUAGAUCUAUGAAGAACGACAAAGAAAAGCUCAGUACUCUUGGAAGUUUGCUGUCUAGUACCAUGAGAAAUAUUACGUCCAAUUUCAGGAUCGGUUUCGGAUCCUUUGUUGAUAAACUAGUCAUGCCCUAUGUGUCUACUGUACCUAAGAAUCUCAUCUCUCCAUGCGAUGGUUGUGCCGCACCAUAUGGUUACAAGAAUCAAAUGUCGCUAAGCAAUGAUACGGACUUCUUUGAUAAAGCCGUAGCCCGCGCAGAUGUAUCGGGUAAUUUGGACGCGCCAGAGGGCGGGUUCGAUGCGAUCAUGCAAGCCGUGGUGUGCAAGCAGGAGAUCGGUUGGAGGGAACAUGCCAGGAAACUGCUCGUGUUCUCCACUGACGCGGGCUUCCAUUAUGCUGGUGAUGGAAAGUUGGGUGGUAUUGUGCAGCCUAAUGACGGUGAAUGUCACAUGGAGGAUAAUUCAUAUACUCAUUCUACAUUGCAAGACUACCCGAGCAUUUCUCAGAUUAAUCUGAAGGUGAAAGAACACGCUAUUAACGUGAUAUUCGCAGUAACGGCUGAACAAAUUAGCGUGUACGAACAACUGAGCAAACACAUUGAGGGCUCCAGCAGUGGUAUCCUUAGUGAUGACUCUGACAAUGUUGUGGACCUGGUUCGGGAACAAUACAAUAAAAUCACAUCAACCGUUGAAAUGAAAGAUACCUCAAGUGACGCCGUCCAAAUAUUGUACUAUUCUUCGUGCCUUGGAAGUAAAGACAAUCUUAUACAAACAAACAAGUGUGAUGGUUUGAAGGUAGGAGACGUCGUAGAGUUCACAGCUGAGAUCACACUAAAGGAAUGCCCCAAGGACCGCAACAAGUGGAAGCAAACCUUCACUAUAUAUCCAGUGGGUGUGUCUGAGAGUCUUACAGUCGAGCUGGAGAUGCUGUGCGAUUGUCCAUGUGAACAUCCUGGACAUCAUGCGUACAACGACAGCCCGCUGGUGUGCAGCGGGCAGGGCAUAUCGGCGUGCGGCGUGUGCGUGUGCCACCCGGGCCGCUUCGGCAAGAGCUGCGAGUGCUCCGCGCACAGCGGCGUGUCGCUGGAGCAGGAGCGCGGCUGCCGCCCCACCAACGCCACCGCCGGCCCGCUCUGCUCCAACCGCGGAACCUGCAUCUGCGGCGUCUGCGAGUGCAACAAGAUGGACGACCCGCUCAAGGUGAUAUCGGGGCCGUUCUGCGAGUGCGACAACUUCACGUGCGACAUGAACCACGGGCAGAUCUGCUCGGGGCCGACGCACGGCGAGUGCGUGUGCGGCAAGUGCAGCUGCCGGCCCGAGUACACCGGGCCCGCGUGCCAGUGCCUCAAGGACCAGAGCGCCUGUAUAUCGCCCGAGAAUGGAAAAAUUUGCAGCGGAAAUGGUAAAUGCGUAUGCGGCCAGUGCGUGUGCAACGUAGACGACGACAGACACUACACUGGAAAGUUCUGCGAUAACUGUCCCACGUGCCCCGGGCGGUGCGAGGACUUCAAGCACUGCGUGCUGUGCGAGGUGCACCGGCGCGGGCCGCUGUACCGCCCCGACCAGCCCGGCCCCGACUGCGGCGACUGCGCGCUCUACCCGGAGCUCGUCGAGGGCAAGAUCGAAGCCAACGAAACAUUGAACGAGCACUUGUGUAGUUUCUACGACGACGAGGACUGUCUGUACGUGUAUGUGUACUCAUACAACGACACCAAGACUGUGCACAUCCGAGCGCAGAAGGAGCAUGAAUGUCCAAGGAAGGUAUUCAUCCUGGGUAUAGUGCUCGGCGUGAUCGCCGCGAUCGUGCUGGUCGGUCUCGCGCUGCUGAUGCUGUGGAAGAUGGUCACCACCAUACACGACCGCCGCGAAUUCGCGCGCUUCGAGAAGGAGCGCAUGAUGGCCAAGUGGGACACUGGUGAAAAUCCUAUCUACAAACAAGCGACGUCGACCUUCAAGAAUCCCACGUACGCCGGAAAAUAAAAACAUUCGACGUCAUAAAGCAAUAAAUGAAAUUGAAAAAAUGUAGUUCAGAUAGUCAUUAUUAAUAACAUAUAAAUGUAAAGUCAGUAUUUGAAAAAAUCGUGUAUUUGUAAAUGUUUAGACACGAGUAUAUAGAUGCUAAAUAAGCCUUAUAAUGUGCCUUUGAUAUAUUUGUCGAACUUGUACACAGUAGCAAUAAAGAAACAGCUAUUUCUAUUUAACGAUUCUCCAAUUCGUAUUUGUAAGGUCUGUUUUAAUCUCAUGUUAUAUUUUAUAUAGUACGCUUUUGUACUUAUGUGUAUGUGUGUGUGUGUAGAAUGUAACUGUGUAAGUAGAUGACUAUGCUACGAUAAGUUUCAGAGAAUUAUACAACUAAUUUUGUUUGUUCUUAAUUAUUUUAACCGAAAUGAUCUUUAUAAUAAGAAUGUACUCUAUUAUGUACGUAUUUUUAACAUUUUGAUAUUACAUAUAUUGUCAUGUAUGAUUGAGCACAAAACUGCCUCUAUUUAUUAAUUUGGGUGUAGACGUAUAAUGAAUUAUGGAAAAUUAAAUAUAACCUGGCUUCCAAACUUAAAUUGGUGCCUUAAAUGAAAAAAAAAA